CCGCGGCUCAACACCAGGAAGUGAAAAUGCCUGAACCAGCCAAACCCGCGCCCAAGAAGGGCUCCAAGAAAGCCGUGAACAAGACCGCCGGCAAACCGGGCAGGAAGAAGAGGAGGCCCAGGAAGGAGAGCUACGCCAUCUACGUGUACAAGGUGCUGAAGCAGGUCCACCCCGACACCGGCAUCUCGUCCAAGGCCAUGAGCAUCAUGAACUCCUUCGUCAACGACAUCUUCGAGCGCAUCGCCUCGGAGGCGUCUCGCCUGGCUCACUACAACAAGCGCUCCACCAUCUCCUCCAGGGAGAUCCAGACCGCCGUGCGUCUGCUGCUGCCCGGCGAGCUGGCCAAGCACGCCGUGUCCGAGGGCACCAAGGCCGUCACCAAGUACACCAGCUCCAAGUGACCUGCUGCCGCCGCCAAGACCCAAAGGCUCUUCUAAGAGCCGCCCACUGCUCUGAAGACCAGUUCUUCCCCCGGUUCUCUGCUCCAGACCCUGUUCUCCUGUGGUUCUCUGCUCCAGACCCUGAACAGCUGCAGGUUUGACUCCUCUGUUCUGGUUCUGGUUCUCUGAACCAGAACCAGAGGGUUCUGGACUCUGGGUUCUGCCUCUCAGGUGGUUCAUCAGGAGCCUGAGCUGAAGUCUGUCUGAACUCGUCCUGCUUCCUGUUUAUCUGUCAGAGGAGGAGGGAUCAGAGGACAGAGUAUUGCCUGCAUUUCCCAGAAUGCCCCUCUCCUGAAGAGACCUGCCACCUCCUGUGGGAGGUCCUGAACUGAAAUACCACUCAUUCCUGUCUUUGUCUCGCUUUUCAUCAGCCUGGAUGUUACAAAACACACACACACACACACACACACACACACACACACACACACACACACAUUCUGACCACGUUUGAUGGAAAAUAAAAAAUAGAAACAGCAGGUUUAGGACUCUGGCCUCGCAGGUCAGGGGUCAGAGGUCAAACUGUUGAUAUAUAAAAAACAUUGAU